CCAUUUCGAAGUCCACUGCCCCCAAAUCUCCCGCCAUCGUCAGAUUCCUCGCCCCCGCGCCCACGCUCCUCCUUCCUCCGGCUCCAAUCGCCGCCGCCCGCCGCCCGCCGCCGUCGCCGGCGACUUCAUCUGCGAAAUCUCACACCGUAAGGAAGAGAUCCUCGCUGUUUUGCGCGCCGAUAUCACUCUUUUUUUGCCCCGUGUAUGAUUGAGAGAUGAAUCGAGGGGAAGCUGAGAAUUGUAGGGAGGACAUGGAAAUUGAUGGCAACGAACCAGAAAUGCCUGCACAGAGGCAUGGAGAUAUCAUGCCUGAUGGAUUUAAUCCCAAUUACCUCAAAGCUUACUAUGGAAAGAUCUUUCCAUAUUCUGAUAUCUUCAAAUGGAUGUCCUAUGGCCAUGAUGGAAAGCACCCCGGCUGCGAUCCAACAUACUUUGGCCGUAGAGAAUUUUCUUUCACACUGGAUAAUGACAUCUACCUGCGGUUCCUGUCCUACACAAGCGCAUAUGAGCUGGAAAGCUCCAUCAAAGAAAAAUGCCCAUUUAAAAUAGAUAUUGGACCGGUUUACAGCGUGAAUCCUGCAAAGAGACAUGCUUACGCACAAACUGGUGAUAAUGUUUUUACUCCAGUGGAGAGGGAGCUCGUCUUUGAUGUUGAUAUAACAGAUUACGAUGACGUUAGAUUUUGCUGUUCUGGAGCUGAUAUCUGCUUGGACUGCUGGCCACUGAUGACUGUGGCUAUAAAAGUAAUGGACACUGCCCUCAGAGAUGACUUUGGCUUCAAUCACAUUUUAUGGGUAUAUAGCGGCCGACGUGGUGUUCAUUGUUGGGUUUGUGAUGGGAAAGCAAGAAGACUGUCUAAUGAACAGAGGGCAGCUAUUGCUGAGUACUUCCGUGUAUAUAAAGGCAAUGAAAAUAGCAAUAAGAAGGUUUCUUUAGUGGGUCCAGUUCUUCAUCCGUUCCUUGCGAGAUCAUAUACAGAUGUUCUAAGGGAUUUCUUCGAGGGAAAAGUGCUUUUGAGCCAAAAUAUACUAUCAACUGAAGAGAAAUACGAGAAGAUCCUGGAUAUGAUUUCUGAUGAAUCUGUUGCUGCUGAGCUGCGGGGGAAGUGGCAGGAGAAGAGAAAAUCCCAUGGUUCAAAGGAUGACAUUAAUGUUGUCCGAUGGGAGCAGCUAAAGAGCUUACUCCGCUCCGGAAAACUCAAGCACAUACAAGGACUGCACAGGUGCAUUGAAGAGAUAAUUUUUUCUUUUACCUAUCCCAGGCUCGAUAUGGAGGUAUCCAAACACAUGAACCAUUUGCUAAAGGCACCAUUCUGUGUACAUCCAAAAACAGGUCGCGUAUGUGUCCCUAUUGACCCGAAUAAGUGCGAGGAAUUUGAUCCUACUGCAGUGCCAACCCUUUCACAGCUUCUGCAAGAACUCAACAUGAGUGGUUCAAGAGCUGAUAUGGAUGAUGAACUGGACAGAACCUCGCUUGGACGAGCAGUGAGAUACUUCCGAUCAUCAUUUUUGCAGCCCUUACUGAGAUCUUGCAAGGAUGAGAUAGAGAGGGCAUACAAUAGUCGACUGCAGCAAUCAAAGAAUAAUUUAAGUUGGUAAUGACACACAGUGUCCGUCGUACGUUUGCCUCUGGGACUCCUUUGCUGGAACGUCUAUCCGUAAGUCUUGGUUGUUCAUACAUUAAGGAGGAAAAUACGAGCGGCAAGAGUUCUCCUAUAGCCAUCCGAUAUCAAUUUCCAUUGUACGGAACUAAAUUAUGCUUCAUCAUGUAUGUUCUCUGUCUUCUGAAUGUAGCAUAUGUCGUAAUGCUCUCAAAA